AUGUCGUUGACGCAAAUAACUUUAUUCGCUGUGUUUUAUAUAUCUGCGACACAAGCGAUCCCACCGUUCUCAGAUGGUCCUAAUUUCUACGAUGCACCUGAAGUGCUCCGUGAAGAUAGCAAAGAAGAUUACCGACUUCCUGGAGAUGUUGAACCAAGCAACUACGUGAUUGAACUAACGCUUAAGUAUUUGGAUGGAAAAGAUUUUGCUUUUACUGGAACAUCCACUAUUGAUAUCGAAGUCACGACAGAAACAAAAACUAUUGUUUUACAUGCUCAAAAUCUCACAAUUGACUCAGCGUCAAUUACCCUCUCCAGUGUCACAUCUCCAAGCGUAACAAUACCAUAUGAUAGUAAUUCAAUAGAUCAUGUGACAAAUUUUUUGAAAAUAACAUUUAAACAGAUUAUUGUGAAAGGUAAUUAUACGUUAAAGUUAAGUUACACAGGAUUUAUUAACGAUCAGCUGAGAGGUUUUUACCAAGGACAUUAUACAGAUGAUUUUGGUGUAACAAGAUGGAUAGCCUCAACUCAUUUUGAACCCGUUGGCGCCCGUUUAGCUUUUCCAUGCUGGGAUGAGCCAGCUAUGAAAGCCAACUUUACGAUAUCUAUUACCCACCAUAUGGAUUUCACAGCACUAUCAAACACACAAUUUAAGUCAAUCGAAAUGAAAUCCAACAAUCUAGUUAAAACCACUUUUGAAACAACUCCAAAAAUGUCAACCUAUUUAGUAGCUUAUGCUGUAGUCGAUUUCGAUCAUAUGGGAAACGAAAAUGAUAAGAGCUUUAGAAUCUGGGCGAGAAAGAAUGCUAUUAAGCAUGGAAAGUAUGCUGCUGAUAUCGGUUUGAAAGCAUUAAAAGCACUCGAAGCUUAUACAAAGAUAAACUACCAAAGCCAUGGAUUCACAAAAAUGGAUUCUAUCGCAUUACCUCAAUCCGCUACUGGAGCCAUGAAAAACUGGGGUCUUGUUACUUAUCGUGAAACAGGACUUCUUUUUGAUGAAGAAAAGUCUUCUCUUUAUGACAAAGAAGCGAUUGCAAAAAUAAUCGCACAUGAGUUUACUCAUCAAUGGUUUAGUAAUUUAGUCAGUCCGAAAUGGUGGCAGUAUGUUUGGCUCAAUGAAGGUUUUGCCAGUUAUCUACAAUAUGUUAUCACUGCUGAGGUUGAAACUAAAUGGCGUCUGAUGGAGAGAUUUGUCGUCGAAAAUUUACAAAAUUCAGCUUUCAUAGCCGAUAGCUUUAAUACAAGCCAUGAAAUGGACGUUGCCGUGUCAAGCCCAAAAGAGAUUAGUUCUAUUUUUGAUAGUAUCACUUACAGCAAAGCUGCAUCUGUAAUUCGCAUGAUUUCCUACGUUAUGGGUGAAGAUAAAUUCAAAAUUGCUUUGCAAUCUUAUCUUUUAAAAUAUAAAAAUACUGUAGCGACAUCUAAAGAACUUUUUGCUGAACUUGUCACUCAAGUCAAUGCAAGUAUCAAUCCUUCUUUUGAAGGCGCUUUACUAAAUUGGGCAACAACGCCAGGGUACCCAGUUGUCAAUAUUGUAAGAGACUACAAAAAUAAAAAAGCAAACGUCACUCAAUCUCGAUUCUUACACGGGCAAAAUAAAACUAGCUCGUUGAAAUAUUGGAUACCUUUGAAUUUCGCUACGCAAGAACAACCUGAUUUUGACAACAUCGCUUCAACAAUCAUCUGGUUUGACCCAAAAAACGAAUUUGUGACUGUUGCUGCACCCGCAGAGAAUCAAUGGCUCAUUUGCAAUAAGCAGCAGUUUGGUUACUAUCGUGUGAAUUAUGACGAGCAAAAUUGGAAAUUGAUAACUCAGUUCUUGACAAAUAAUCAUACAGCGAUAAAUCUUCUAAAUCGAGCACAGCUUAUUGAUGAUGUAUUUAAUCUUGCUCGACUUAAUUACACUAAAUAUAAAAUAGCAUUCAAUUUGAUUGGAUACCUCAAGAAAGAAGCUGAUUUUGUCCCAUGGUCUUCCGCGUGGAAUGGUAUUUCAUAUUUGAACAGGUUAUUGGCGAAUACUAAAGUCUCUAAUGAUUUUAGAGAUUACAUCACAAGUUUGACUGGAAAAUCAAUUGAAUCCAUCAAAUUCGAAGAAUCAGAUAAGGACGAGCAUAUUACAAAAUUGCAUAGAAUGAAACUUAUUGACAACACAUGCAGUAUGAGCUUAAAGUCGUGCAUAGAUUACGCAACAAAGAAAUUCAAUUUGUGGCUAAGUGAUUCUAUGUCAAAUCCACUAUCGAGAGAUUUAAAGAAAAUCAUAAUCUGCAAUGGAGUACGUAAUGCAGACAAUGCAACUUGGAAUAAAUUGCUGUCGAAAUAUAACGAAAAUCAAGACGACGACGACAUCUUAGCAGGAUUGGGGUGUACAUCGAAUAAGGAUCUGUUGAAUAGUUAUCUCAGAAUGGCUAUCAACGAUUCUUAUCUUGGGGGAAAUCGUGAUAAAAUAUUUAAAGCAGUUUACGAAGGAAGUGACCUUGGUGUAGACGUAUCUUUAGACUUCCUUAAUUCUAAUAUUCACUAUUUACUAUUGAGUAACAUCAUAAGUGCCGAGAACGUCAAAACAUACAUUUCAGAUAUUGGAAGUAGAGUGACUAAUAAAAACCAAAUUGCAAAGAUCGAAAAUGUAAAAACACAUGACACAAGCGUGCAAACAGGGGUCAUAGACGAUGGUUUGAAGAAAGCUCAGGCUAAUGUUGAAUGGCUGAACUCACGGUUUGAAGAAAUUAACGAAUUUUUUAAAAAACCGGUAACCCCUUCACCAACCAACCAACCUGGUUCAGGAACAACGUUCACUGUUUCGUUAAUAUUGUUAUCUUUUUCAUUUGCUUUUAUUUACUUAAACUAA